AUGCGGUCCGAUCCUGGUGCCAUAAUCAACCAAAUUUCACUUAGGAAUGGGCAUCCAGGAGAAGGGUUGUCUCACACUUCCUUUUCCAACGAUUUGUGUCCGCGUCCACUCUCGGAUAAUAAGUUCAAGGAUCUCUCUUUUUAUGUUGUCCGGGAUGACUUGUUACACCCAGUACUGAAUGGGAACAAAGCGAGAAAGCUUGAUGCCGUCAUGCCCAUAUUGCAAGAAAAUUCUGUCACUGAUGUGGUGAGAUUACCGAUUCACUGUUUUCUGCUCUUUCUGUACGACGCUCGUAUAUCUAUUGCGAAAUUCUGUCGUAAGAUGUUUUCAAUGACAUGGCAGUCAGAUGCAAUUUUCAACCAUGGAAUCAAUGGUUGUCACUCUGACGCAACUAUCUCUGAUACCAUUCCGCAUCAGAAUUCAAAACUAUUCUCUUUUCCCAUCCUAGAGCCUCCGACGAUUACAAUAAUUUAUAGCCACGUUAUGGUACUAGGCUAGAAGUUGAGCAUCUGGGCCCUGCAGUAACAAUUAAGGUUGCUAUGCCUGCUUUAAUCUGCCUUUCCACAUAAAUGAAACCCUUGACGGUGGGUAUAUAAUGGACAAGAAUCAGCAAGAAAAUUGGCAGCUUGUGUUCUCGAGAAUCUUCCUGCGUUACCAAACUUUCCAUUUAACAAAUCAUGUGAAUCUCACAGGUCACCUGUGGUGGAUGUCAAAGUGCUCAUGCAGCUGCUGUCGGUAUGAGUUUGUUUCAUUGAUAUUAAUAUUCAUUUUUCUACAUUUAGAUUAGGUUGUUUUUAUCAACUUUUUUUGUAGAUAAGAAUGCAAAUUAUUCAGACUACUGUCGUAUUUCAUAUAGCUGUUGCUUGUUCGGAGAGAGGAAUUAGGCCACAUUUACUUUUAAGGGGAGAACAGCCUGAAAUCUCAACUGGCUACAAUUUGAUAUCCAUGUUGUAUGGUGAUAUCACCUAUAUCCCAAGAUCAGAGUAUGCAAAGAGAGAUGAGAUGCUUAGCAUGCACGCUAGUCUGGUGGGAGGUCAAGAUGGUUCUGUCAUUUGGUUGAAUGAUCUUUUCAAAAAAUCGAUUGAUGAUUAUGACUCUGCUGCAAGAUUUUUGGAAGCAAAAGAAUCAACAUAUACUUUUUCAAAAGUUGGACAAGAUUUAAGAAAAGUUGUGGUUAUCAGUGAAGGAUCGGGAGAUGUUGUGGGAUUGUUAGGUGAGAUUGGAAAUCCGGCAUCUUCUAUCUUUUUUGUGCCUUUCUGGUUGCAUAAGCUACUCAAAAAAUAACUACAGCUUCUGCAUGUUUUGAGAAGAUUUCUCCUUUUUAAGGCAAUUAUGUGAGCCUGGUUUACUUUUCUUCGCUUAUAUCAAUUUUUGGAAUAUUGUCUUCUUGAUAUCUACUGCUCUUCACCUUACUUUCCCUCUUGUAGGUUUUGAUCAAGCUCAUUUGUCAUGUCAAAUUAUUUUUGAAGUUAUUAUUUUUUAAAUACUAAAACUUUAAAGUAUGUGUGCAUGAUUGUUUUAUAUUAGGCAUGCCGCAUAUGUUAUUAUACUUGCUCGUAUAAUGUUGUACAUGUUAUAGGAGGACAAGGAUGAAGUUUUCUAGACAGUGGGCACUUGGUUGCACGCGUGAAAUUUUUUGAUGAUUCCAUUGUCACUUUUUUCAUCAUGUUGAGAUAUUUUUCAGCUCCGUUAUUUUGGCAUAAUGCAUGGGUAUGUGUGUAACCCCCCCCCCCCAUGUGUGUGUUUUAUUUUUAAAUGUUUACCUUAUCCAUGGCGACUCUUCAUUCCUAUGACCAUUUCCGAAGGACUGCUGUUUUGAAGACACUUUCUGAACAUUAGCUGUAAGAUUUCAGAUUUUCAAGGCAGUGGCUCUUGUGUAUUGUCACACUAGUCUCUCUAGACUAUACCCUUUUAUUUUCGGUUCUCUUGAAUAAACUUUCACCUUUUUACUGUUGCCUUCUGAUUCCCCGAACUGUUGGCUCUUUUGUCCUAUUGUGUUUGAAAAUUAUAUUGACACAGCUAUCAUUGACCAGGCCUAUCCCUAAUGCCAAAUAGUGUCCUUGCUUGACUUCAGUAAUUGUCUUUUUCAUUACUCACUAUUUUUUCUAGAUACUCUCAGUUAUUGUUUACCACUCGUUCAUUUGCUGCAUCUAAUGUCCGUACAUUGCGAAUUCCUUCUUUUUGAGUUAAUCUGAACAGUUAUUCCAGAAUUAACACGAUCAGAGUGCAUGUUGCUUACUUCUUUUUGUAGGCUUCCUGGGAGUUUUACCACAAUGUUGAAAUGGAUGACCGUUUACAUUUUGGUACCAGGGAUUGUUUAAAGAUAACUGCUUUAAGUUUCACAGUUCUGAGAUGUCUAUGUCCAUCUGUUUUUCAUCUUGUGCUUUCAUUGACUUCUUUUGAUUGUAUUUGGAGUUUUUUUCUUAUACAUGGUGAUUUCGAAGCUUCAUGAUGGAGCAUCUUUUCAUGUCCUCACUUUAGACUCAAAAAUAAAAUUUCUUAUGUAGUGCCAUUUUCCUUGUCAAAGACCGUCAAUCCUUAGGAGUGAAAUUUCUGUUACAGGUGUCAUACGACUGGUGAAAUGUCUUUCUGAGAACUAUGUAAUUGGAAAAGAAGAAAAAGUUACCAUUGUUUUAGAUGCUGGUACAGGAACAACAGCUGUGGGUCUAGCGAUUGGAGCCGUAUGUCUAGGGUAUUUUCAUGUGCUGGAUAUUUGCUUGAAAUCUUUUCAUGUUGGAGAUGUGUUUUUCUUCAUGUUACGUGGGCACAAUGUAACAUUGUUUAAUGAUUUAUGCAGUUUUGAUAAUUUGUGCUGCAAUGCUGACAGGUUACCUUGGAAAGUAGUUGCAGUGAUGCUUGCAGAGACCAUUGAAGGUUACAAAAGAAGGGAGAAGGUCUUGAUUAGUGAUUUCAAAAGGAUUUGUGAACCAAAAUAUCAGGCAUCUGCAUUAAAUGGCUUAGAUGAUGGCAUGGUUCAGUGGGUUGAUCGUAUCUAUCCAAGAAGGUAGUUACUGUUUUUUUUUUCGUUUUUUUCUCUUUAUCUCAGAUGUUCAAUAAUUGACUACGUGAAUAUUUUCUUGUUCUCACUGUAAUGUAGUAUUCAUUCGUUUUUUUUAAGCAUACCAAUAGAGGUCACACACAGUUUAGCUCCGUAUAUUCUAUACGAGAAUGGAUCCAAAAUUGCAAUCAAUAAAGUUGGGAAAAGAGUUUGAUAAAAGUUAUAUCUGGAUAUCUCCAGUUGACGAAAAUAAUGUUUGAACUAAAAGGUAUCUGUAGUUAAUCUUUUUUUAUAAAUUGAAAGAGAAUGACAUGCUGAUUGUCUUAGAAUUUUGGACGUCAGUGAUCAUAUUAAUGAUUGCUUAAUUUCUAAAGUCUGAAUCCUUCUGUUUGAAGUUGUAUUGCUUAACAAUCCCUCCGCCACAUUUUGGUUUUAGAUAGAGCAACUUAUAUUGUGGUUUUUGUCAAUUCAUUGGGACUUGCAAACCCAGACUGGUUUUCACUAAUUCAUUUAAAACUCCUAGCGGUGCUAGACAUUUCCUCCCCUGUCCUGUCUUUUGUUCAGCCACACUGCCCUGAUUGGGUUGAAGGUAAAUUGGGGCGUGAAGUUUAUUCUGAAAACUCAUUGUGUUCUUUUCUUAUCUAGAUAUGAUAAUACAUCAAAAUUUUAAAAUAAAUGUCAUAGGAUCUGCAGCGACAGGCUGUAGAAUGCCAGGUGAUGUUAGAAUAGCAGGCUGAUUGAGUGCCAUUGGCACUAAUGGUCGACUUAUUAUUAUUAUCUCAGAUUCGGUUAUAUAGUUGAAGUCCUUAUCAGUAAUUGAAUACUCACUAUAGGUUGAUGGCGCUUAGUUAAUAAUAAGGAAAAGUAAAUGCUACUAGUGUCACCUAAAACGGCCUUAGAAGUAUCUCAAAGGGUGCACAAUAAUCGUCCUCUCGCCUUACGACCACAACCCCACCCCCCCCCCCACCCCCCCCCCGCCUCCCUUCCUGCCUCAUCGGCAUCAAAAGAGUGCAUGAAAGAGAGGUUCCUGAAAUAAAAAUUAUCUACUCUAAUUUUGUUUAGAACAUUAUUCAUUAUGUGAGUUGCGUGAGUUGGACUGAGUUCAUCCAAUCCUGCUUGGUUUUUGACUUUUCUGAGCUGGAAAAGAAAGCCUGGCAUAAAUUGUUCCUAAAACACAGAUUAAAAAUGUACAUGCCUUAAAUUGAGUUGGCUCGGAAAUUCAUUUGCCGCAGAGAGAAGAUCUACCUAUCUUUCAGAUGCAAUUUGGGGGAUUGUAACUCAUGCAUCAUUUCGGGAUCUUGAGUCUCAGUUUGUGGUUGGGUGUAUGGUUUUGGCAAUCCAUGAUUGCAUGUUUAAGAAUGCUCUUCUAAUUCAGUCUUUUUAUUUUUUGUACAUUUAUUUUUGUAUGUUACUUUCGAACUUAAUGAUUCUUAUUUUUUUAGUCUGCUUUGAAUGAGAAUGAUUUCCAGGUUCGGCCGUGUUAAAAAAGGAGAAGCUGAGAUGUGCAGACAUAUUGCCAGACAAACUGGCAUUCUUUUGGAUCCUAUCUACACUUUGGCAGCUUGGGAGCAUGCUGUGUGUCUUUGCCGACCGGAAGCAGAGGAUAGGUCUAAUGUGAUUAUGCUCCACACUGGAGGGACACUAAACAUGUUUGGACUGGCCCAAAGAUACAAACCCCACUUUCAAGUUUGA